GCUGGUAUCUGGUAUACGGUUAGGUAAAGCCCCUCUUUCGUUGCUAGAGACGCCCCAUAGACAUACUAGUAGUACUAUUUAUUAGGCAUAGACCCGGCGCUGGAUCUUGGCCGUCGAACAUUGCGAAUCUCGACAAAAGGAUGGCUUAUUUCCACAAGUGAAUCUGAAGCAUCUGGUGCAGAAUGUAGAUCUCUUGAGUAUAGAAGGGUCUCUUUGAUACUUUUUGUUCAUGGUCAGUCAAGGCUGACUGACCAGCGAUUUUAGCAGCUGGUGUAAGAACCAGUUGCCCGCUUGACCACCGUCAGCCUAAUGGGAAGUGGGUCCAGCAGUUCUCCAAAUACUUCACAGAGGAUGCCGGAACCCACCCCUCAACCCAAGCGCCAGAAGCGCGCUCGGGGGCGGGGGGAAUUCGAAGAGGUGCAGCUGACGGAUCCAAACGCCCCUUCAGUGUCCCAAUCAGCUGAACCAAGACAGGACGAUGCUGCUUCAAGGAACAAACAGAAACAAGAUAGAAAACCAAAGGAUGUGCCAAAUAGUCAAGGGAGUAAUGUGCAAUAUGGCGGGAGUGGUGAUCCUGGCUACGCCACAGGGCUGGGGGCAGGUUACGACGGGUACCAGCAACAUGAAAAUAGUGGACCUCAGGAUAUGUGGCAGUAUGGUGGCCAGUCAGUACAACAGCAACAGAGAGUUAUUGAUACGUUUCAGCAACAGUCACAGCUGGUACCACAGCCUAACCAAAACCCUGAUGAAUUCCUUUCAAUGGCUCUGCAGUUGCAAGAAAUGGGUGAUGAGGAUAUCGUCUUUGAAACGUUUCAUCAUAACAACGGCAAGAAAUACACCUGUAUCAAGCAAGGCGGAAAGAGACACUACCUUGAUAGCUGGGACACUCAGAACUGGCAGCCAUUUCCUAAUAAGUGGAUGAGCCAGGGUGUGUUCAUACGGGAUGGUGAUCAAGGUUACUCUGAGUCGUCUGAACAGACCACCAAUGAGAGCGGAGGAAACAGCCAUCGAGAUGAGAGCAGUGGGGCAGAGGUUUCAGGGGGUCUGGGUGGAACCAAUGACGAUAGAGCAGGGUCACUCAUGCACCCCACCAGAGGAACCCUUCUCACCUAUAUAUUUGAGGAGAAGCGUAACAUCCAUUGUUUCUUUGAUGAUAACUCUGGUAUGUGGGUGAAGAUGCCUAUCAGUUGGGAGCAGCAUACGGACUUCGUCAAAGGAUUGAUCAAACAAGUCAAGGAUCAAACUCCAUCUUGGAAAGAUGGCUAUGACAUUGUAGCAGCCUUGAGGAAGAGUAACUACGACGUCGACGACACAGUCAUGACGUACCUGACCGUUGGUGAUACAGGGUGUAUGGACACUCCGGAUCGUCUCAAAGGAUUUGAUAUGAAACUCAUCAAAGAAAAAGACCAGAAGAUUGCUGCUCAGCAAGAGAAGCUGGCAAAAAUGCAUCGAAGCUAUGACAAGGUUAUGCAGAACAACAAGAAACUAAGGCAAGACAAUGACAGGAUGCAGAAAGAGUUGGAUCAGCUGAGAGAAAAAGUAGCGAGUCUAGAGGUGGAGGCCAAGACUGCCAACCAUAAGCUUUUAGCUCUACAGAAUGAAAGACCCAGAACAGCUCGGGCAAGGACAUCCUUGGCUUCAGAGCCUCCGGUGAUAGAGACAGCGCCUUCUGAUUCUGUCCCAGACACACCAGCAGAACCAGCUGGACCAACUGUAGAUGAAGAAACGCUGAGGAAGCUAGACAAGGAUGCCAAGGAACUUGAUAAAGCAAACCUCACACUCAAGAAAGAAGUACAGCAAGGAUUUAAUGAAAUGAUUGAGAUGAUGAAGGAGGCGUCUGCUGCCCUCAGCAAGAUGAAGAGGAUGGAUUCAGGGAACGUGAAGGAGUUAGAUGAACUUCGGGUACUUUAUAGAAAGGAAUGCUUACAGAGGAAACUCCUUUAUAAUAAGUUGCAAGAGCUGCGAGGGAACAUCCGUGUCUUCUGUCGUGUCCGGUAUGAUUCACGCACCGAGUGCUGUCUGCAGUUCCCAUCAGAGAUAGAGAUAGAAGCCACCAAUCCAGCCGGGAAGAAGAUGGCCCACUCCUUUGAUCAUGUAUUCUCUCCUACGUCAACACAAGAACAGGUGUUUGCCCAAGCCUUGCCUAUCAUAACAUCCUGCGUUGAUGGCUACAAUGUGUGUAUCAUGGCGUAUGGGCAGACCGGGUCGGGUAAGACCUUCACCAUGAUGGGUCCCAAAGACAAUCCUGGAGUCAACGUUCGAGCUAUCCAGGAACUCCUCAAAAUCUGCAGCGAGAGACAGCAGGUCGAUUAUGUACUCAAGGUAUCUAUGAUCGAGGUCUACAACGAGCAGGUCAAGGACCUGUUGAAUACAGACCUAGAGAACAAGUCCCCUCUAGAUAUUAAGAUGCAGGGUAAGAGACUCUACCUCCAGGGCUUGACUGAGAAGUUUGUCAACAACGAGGGCGAUAUCACUACCAUCAUGGAGAUGGGUGAUGCUAAUCGUUCAGUAGCUGCUACCAAGAUGAACUCCACUAGUUCUCGCUCCCAUCUACUCCUGAUGCUGACUGUAGAGGGCACUGAUAAGGUUUCCAAUGCAACGAGCUUUGGAUCAUUGACCUUGGUUGACCUGGCAGGGUCAGAGCGAAUAGCCAAGACAGGUGCAACGGGUCAGACGCUAGUAGAGGCCGCUGCUAUCAACAAGUCUCUCACUUCUUUGGGUCAGGUUUUCACAGGACUCCGAACAGGAGCUCUUCAUGUGCCUUACAGGAACUCCAAGUUGACCCAUCUGCUCCAACCAUCACUCAGUGGCGAUGCUAAGGCAUGUCUCUUUGUGAAUGUGAGUCCCAGUGAAAGCAAUGUGACAGAAACAAUUAGCACAUUACAGUUUGGAUCUAAUGCAAGACAAGUUGCCUUGGGUCCAGCCACAAAGAAUGCUGGCAAGAACAACAAGAAGUAACAUCUAAGAUAUUUAAUGUAGGAAAGGUCAGCUAAUAUGGAAUAUUUUAAAGCUAUUAUAAGUAUUUUUAUUUAAUCAUAGAAUUGCUA